AUGAAAUUCUUGGCCAUUGCUUCUGCUGCCCUGAGCAUCUUCGGAGGUGUUCAGGCUGCGAAAUCUCCCUUCUUUAUUCUUACAGGAGACUCAACCGUUGCUACCGGCGGAGGCUGGGGCGAUGCACUUCUCAACGGAACCAAGAAGCCUGGAGGUGGAAUAAACCUUGCAAAGAACGGCGCUACCACCGUUUCUUUCAGAGACCUGGGCUUGUGGGAUGCCGCGCUUGAGAAUGUCAAGGCUCAAAAGGCUAAGCACGAAGCUAUCGUUACGAUUCAAUUCGGCCAUAAUGAUCAGAAGACUCUCACUCUGGAGCAAUACUCGGAUAACCUUUCCACCAUGAUCGGUGAGGUCAAGACAGCAGGUGGGACCGCGAUUAUCAUCACAUCACUCACCCGCCGCACUUUCAAGGACGGAAAAGUGGUCGAGAAUCUUAGCAAAGAGCGAGAUGCUGCCAUUGCCGUCGCGAACAAGGCUGGAGUUAAAUAUUUGGACCUCAACACCGCAAGCACCAAGUAUGUCAAUGCCAUUGGCCAAGAGAACGCGGAUAAAUACAACGAGAUUGAAGGAGAUCGGACACACCUCAAUAUGUCAGGCAAGAUUGUAUUUGGCAGGAUGGUGGCUGAUAUGUUGGUUCAAAAGAGACCUGAUCUGGCUCGGUACAUCAAGAGUAACAAGAAGCUGAGCCAGCUUAUCAGGGAUGGAGUCUUUACAACUGGUCAAGAAUAA